AUGACGUCACGAAUUCAUAUGAAAAGGUCAAUGGAUAAAAUAUCUUCGGAGAAAUCGACAUCUGAAACAGAUGUUUUGUUUUCCUUUAAACGCUAUUUCAUGAAUAACGUAGAUUCAUAUCAAGGAGAAUACAUAUUGAAGGAAGUCUCGAAAGUGUUGGAGAAAAAUGCGACGGAAUCUGUUAAACAAAGUUCCCAAACUGUUUUUGGGGAAGAGGUGGACAUAGCGCUAGCACCACAACCAGAACAAUUCUAUGAAAUUAUAGGUACCGUUACUGAUUCAAAGAUCAAGGCUGUCGAUAAUGUCGCACGCAUCGUAUCAAAAUCCGAAUGUUUGCCAAUCAUGUUAACCUGUGGGACUCUUAUCUUGGAUAUCAGCUAUGAUAGGGAUGAACUCUCCUAUGUUAUGGAUUUUUUGAAGCUUCUAAAAGAUUUAUUAGAAAAACAAGCUGGUACUCAAGCUCCACCCAGUACUGACGACGACGGCGGCGCGGGAGAGUCCAAAAAGCGUUAUUUAAUACUGAUAUCCACUGUUAUGACUUGGGCUCUCACCAAACCAUUGGAUCCGGACACCGCAGAUAUGCCAUUUAUUGAGACGGAUUUCCGCAAAAGAAAAACUCAUCCUAAUUAUAAAAUGCAUUACGAUAUUGAAAAUGAAGUUAUUGGAAUUGCAAGAAAGUAUAAAAGUCAAAUUGGUGCAAUAGUGGUCGGUACGGGUGUUACGUAUGGAGGCCGGGAAGACGUACUUUUUUAUUGGUUCCAGAAAACGUGGGAAUGUGAACCGUUGCUCCCGAUUCUGGGACGUGGUGUGAAUGUCAUACCUCUUAUUAAUGCACAAGAUUUAGCUCAGAUUGUGUAUAAUUUAAUAACUGACUUCCCAAAGAAGCUUUACAUAUUAGCAGUUGAACAGAAUGUCACUAAGCAAAGAGAGAUCAUUAAGCCUCUUGGUCGGAUUGCUGGUUCGGGGAUGUUUAAAUGCAUUCCACCUGAAGAUGCGUUCUUAAUACCCGAAAUAGAUCAACGAAUAUAUGAUUUAGUAAAUCUCAAUUUAAACAUGGAACCGACGUUCAUUGUUGAGACAAUGGGUUUACAAUGGACUUCGGAACUCACAUUUGCCGAGAAUGUGCCCGCUCUUAUGAAGCAAUUCAAAAAGGAGAGAGGAUUAAAACCAUUCAAGGUUAUCGUUUAUGGACCUCCAAUUGUUGGAAAAACAACAUUGUCCAAGCUUAUUUGUGAAGCUUAUGGAUUAGUUUACAUUUCACCAGAAACUGUUGUUGAAGAUCUUAUAAAAGAUUUAACAUGGCGAGUUCACCAUUGGGAGGUGGGUGAGACAGCUGAUCUUGCUGUACCCACUGGUGAAGAGGAAGAACCAGUCCCCGCCGAUGAUGAUGAUGAUGCCGGUGAAGAAGAAGGUGCACAGGAGACGGCACGACAGACCCUCGCUAUGCUGCAGUCCGGGCGAAUGCUUAGUGAUGAAGAACUUCUCGGGUAUUUACGUCAGAGACUGCUAAAUCGCGAAGCUCUUAAUAGAGGAUGGGUUCUUGAUGGCUUUCCAACAACAUUAGGACAAUGUUCAAUUUUAUUUGAUAGAGGUGAAGAACAAGACUCCGAAGCGGGUGAAGAAACUGAAGAAGAGCCAUUUGACGAAGACGUAGAUUUGUAUAGCAAUGUAUUGAAAAAGCUUUUACCAGAUAUCGUUGUGUCCCUGGAAGCUACUGACGAUUUUAUCUGUGAUAAAGCAAUGCGCCAACCCGACGGUGACUCACGCCUUGAUGAAGAAACUGUUCUUAAACGCCUCAGUGAAUUCCGAAUGAACGACGGCCGUGACGUCUCUCCACUGAAUUUCUUUGAUGAAUUGGAUGUACAUCCACUUAUUGUGCCGGUGAAAGAGCACGGUGACUAUUCUAUGAAUAGCGCGUACGCUGCAGUUGCUCUGAGAAUGGGACGUCCAUGCCGUUAUGGGAAACUCAUCGCAUUAAUUGAAGCGGCUGAGAAAAAAGAGAAAAAGGAAUUAGAGACACUUCGUACGAAAGAAGCAAAAGCAUUGUUGGAACUUGAAAAAAAGAUGCAAGAGGAACGUGAGGAUAAAAUGGAAUAUUGGUCUGAAUUGUACGGCUUAAUGCAAGAGGAGGAGGAAGCUGCGCUGGCGGCUGCAAGUGAGCCGAUGCGCAACUAUCUCAUUAAUCACAUAUUCCCAACAUUGACUCCGGCGCUAUUGGAGGUUGCUAAACUGCGACCCGAUGACCCUAUUGACUUUUUGGCCGAGUAUUUAUUUAAGCUGAAUCCGACGGGUAAGAUGCUUGAGCCUGGUUACAAUUUAAAAGCGGAAAUGUUACUUGGUAAAAUAAAGAUUUUGGAUGAUGCACUGAAAGAGCUGGAUAUAAAGAUCGAUCCGUUGCUACCACCUGAAGCUGCUGUCGAAGAAACGUCUAAAAAACGUAUUAACAGUAUGAGUGCUUUAUAA